AUCUUACAAACGGAAAUGCAUUUGUCGUAUGGCUGGAUCACCACCACGCCGAGCCAAACCAUUCGUUCCCAGAAAUCUAUUCUCUGAAAGCAAAGCGGGCAUGCUGCAGAAAUUGGAUCGGCAGUGCUGGUUGCUACUGGGGUGCUGCUUGCUGCUGUCUGCUGCUGCUGCGGGCAUCGUUGGUUUUGCUGUUUGGAGUGUUCUGGUCCACACUGGCGACGCUGCCGAUGGACAGUACCACGCCCUCGUUCGCCCAGACCUCACAGGCCAGUGGUACAAGUUUGAUAGCGAGAAAGUGGUGAAGGUGGAGCAGUGUGUGGGAGAGGAAGAGUACUCCAGCGCCUACAUCCUGGUCUACAUUCGGCGAUCUGACCGGGAAAAGAUUCUUUGCAGCGUGGACGAAAAAAACGUUGCGGAGCACGUGCGCGUUCGGUGGGAGCUGGAGCAGGAGGAGAAGGAGCAAAAGAGGAAGCAGCAGGCAGAAGCGCAUGUUCUCACAGUCAAGGUGUCUCGAGACGAGGACAUGCGAGAGCAGAUCGGCCGGAACAUGUACUUCGACCUGGUGGACCACGACAGAGUGAGGAGCUUCCGCGUGCAGAACGAGACGACCUUUGCGGAGUUCAAGGGGAAGGUCGAGAAGGAGCUGGGGACUGCGGUGGCAGGGCAACAGUUCUGGCUGUGGGUCAAAAGGCUGAAUGACACGUAUCGUCCGCACCGACUGCUGUCCGCAGAGGAGGAGCGCAUGACGGUUGGACAGCUUAGGGAUUCGGUCAAUGGAACUCUCAACACCAUGCACCUCCACCUUUUCCUUGAAGGCACUUCCUCCACCAUACCAAGCUCUCCUCUGGCUUCUUCACUCGUGAGGGCCAAGAACGACAUUCUGAUCUUUCUGAAGCUUUACGACCCCGUGCUGAAAACCAUUAGGUACAUGGGCCACUUGUUUGUGAGUCUCGACAAUCGGCCCCAAGAUGUGCAGGAAAGGAUCAAGAAGAUGUGUGGCCUUGCAAGCAGUCAGGACAUACAGCUAUUUGAGGAAGUAAAGUUUCAUCCACAUGUGAUGUGUGAGCUCGUUGGCAAAACGGCCACGUUUCGAGCGAGCGAGCUGAUGGAUGGUGACAUUCUGUGCGUGCAGAGGGCUCUCAGCCCGGAAGAGAAGGCGGGCUUGUUGUGCCCCGACGUGCCCUCCUUCCUCCAGCACGUGUCCACGCAGCAGCUUGUCCGGUUCAGACAACUGGACGCGCCCAAAGAAGACUCUCUCUGCCUUCUCCUUUCCAAGCAGGACACCUAUGACGAUGUGGUCCGCGAGCUGGCAGAGAAGCUUGGGGUUUCCGACCCUGCUAGGAUCCGCCUCACAGCGCACAACUGCUACUUGCAGCGGCCGAAGCAGUCGCCCGUCAAGUUCCGCGGCGUUGACUGCCUUGCAGACCUGCUUGCCUUCCAUGACCAGACAACAGAUAUUUUGUACUAUGAAACACUAAACAUCCCGCUGCCCAAGGCGGAGCGACUGAAGUCUCUUGGAGUUGUGUUUUCAAACAAAAGGGCAAGGAGGGAGCUUGGAAACUCUUGUGGACCGGGUGCUGAGGAGAAUGUGAAUUUUGUGGGAGGCAGUUCAUGA